AUGCCCCGCCUGGAGCCUUUGAACAUUAAACCCCCAGCCCAUCAGCGAUUAUUUUUGAUGGAAGGUCUCCCCACUAGAAAAUGGGUUGAUGACACGUUUAAAGAGACCCAGCGCGACACUCUGAUUAUUUUCGACGAUCAGUGGGCAGAGUGCGUUGAAAACCGGGCAAUCGAAUAUCUCUUUGUUUAUGGGAGACGCCAUCUGGGGAUUAGUUUAAUUGGCAUCACCCAAAAUUUUUAUCAAAAGUCGAAAAGCUCCACCCUCUAUCGCAAUUGCAUGACAUGCUUUGUCUUGCUGCCGAAUCAUGUAGACUCGUCAAUCAACGCCACCAUCGCCACCAAGCUCGGCUACAGCGCCUGCUACAAAGCCGCCCGAAAGCUCUUCAAAGAACGUCGAUGCCGGUACCAGUACGUUAUAAUUAGAAAAGACGUAGAAGAUCCGACGACGCCGACCUUUUAUACAAACGCCUUUUCUGACAUUCCCGAGUUGGGGCCAAACCCCGUCUUCUUUGAAGAAAACGACGAGUAA